GGGUGGUUGAAAUGCUAUUAAUUAAGAAACAGAAAUAUUUAUCAAAAAACAUCACUUUUAAUUUGAAGUAUAAUACUUCCCUUUUCUCUCUAUAUAGCCUGAUCAAACACACACACACACAAAUUAAGUGAGUAAAAGCAAAGCAUAAGAAAUCUCUCAAACUUGAAGAAUAUGAAAAGAGGUGAAAGCGCUGGGGGUGGUCAGAGUUCGUUAGGCUAUCUCUUUGGUUCCAACACUAAGGAGAAAAUCGAGGCGGCGCCACCAUCUCCGACUACUUUUAUGCCGCCUUACGGCAUCGAUACCGGAGACGACGUCGGCAAGCCACCGGAAACCCUCGACAAAACCAAAAGGGUCCAUGCCCAAAAUUCUGGAAUCUUCAUCACUGGUCGACCUUCGACUAAGGUUUCGUCUCCGCCGGGCGGAGGCUCAUCUCUAGGGUACCUGUUUGGAGAUAAGUCUUGAUCAACUUAACACCCAAUUAAGUAUGAUUAAUUAUGUGUGUAUCCUAUCUUAUAAUUUAGUAGCGAGACCAAAGAAAAAUUUGCCCAUGAUUUUGUGGGGAAUUAGAUUAGGGUUUUGUGUGUGGGUUUGCAAUAUCAACAUGUGUGAUUGUUUCAUAAUAUUAAUAGUGGUAAAGUGAGCUUAAUUUCCAAUUAAUGUACUUAUCAAAAUUAUGGAUGCAUAUAAUAUCAAAUGUGGUAAAAAAAGUUCUCCAAUUUUAUUAUAUUUAGUUAAUGCCACUUCCACA